GCUAACGAGUGCUCUGACUUUAUUGCACUACUGUUCUGUACAGCGAGCAGUGCAAUAGUAUUGUCAAAGCAUCUGAGAGCAGAGCACCUUCAGCCCUCCAAGCUUGUGAGUAAAUUACAAAUUUCCACUUCAAAACCUGCAUUUUCUUUGGGAGUGUUGUCAAAUAAACUGCUUCUGACCCAGGUGGGAGUUUUGCAGGUGUGGGUGUUUCCGGAAAUAACAGCGAGAAAUAAAUAUUUAUGAAAUAAAAUAUGAGAUAUUGAACUGUGUUAAGCUUUUCAUUGAGCACAGAUCUUAAAAUUCCAGCCAGGUGAUGGAUAAGCUUUGAGCUUCACACUCAGUUUUUUCAUGUCCUGGAUCACAGUAGUAGCGUGGUGUUAAGUGGAUUCCUGUCCUUGUGAAAGUCUCAAAUUAUCAAUUUGAAUGUGUCAUGGAUAAUUCUGAAAGCUGCCUGUACCCAUUGUCUGCCUACCCAAAAAUAAAUCAAAUGGAGGAGUUGGAGAAAAGCAAAAAAAUAUUAUUUUUUGGGGUGCCUGCCUGUGGAAAUGAAAGCCUAAAAAUGAAGGAGAAGAGAAAUUAUUGGGCAGUUAAGGAAAAAAUCCCUCCUGAACUCUUUAAACAUGUGUAGUGUAAUGAAAUGUAUUUUAUUCCUGGAUUUUAUCGUGGCUGGUUUCUGGGGCAGGUGUGGGAAGAAGUUUUGGUGGGCAGAUGGUGAGUUAUGGCUGUGCUGGCUGAAAGCUUUUCCCUUUGAUUUAUAGAUGCUCAAGCUCUUCACCAGAUUUAUUUUCCUUUCCUUAAGCUAUUAUUUGAGAAUUUACUGAGGGUGUGUGAAACAUCACCCAUCUCCACUCCCUCAGAAAAGGGGUUUUAUUGCAGAGUAUCCUGGAUCAAACCCUAUUCCUUGAGGCUGUCUGAAAUUCCAGACCCUCAAAGGCAUUCGUGGCCACUCCUUAAAGAAGUUGGGAUGGUCACUGGGGGGUUAAUCCCAACAGAAAUAGUGAAAACCAAAUUAAGGAAGUUACAACCAUUUUUAACUUGCUUUCAUCACUGUCUCUUCUGUGACUGUAAAAAUCACGGAAUUAUUGUGUACAAAAAUUAAUGAGUGGCCUGUGAACUAGGAAAACUGCCUUUCUUUAAAGUGGAAGUCUUUAAUAGAUAUUGAAAUCACAGGCUAAAAUUAAUUAAGCAGUAAUGCUAUCAGCAGACUGGUUUACAAGGCAAUUAGAUAAUUCUCUGGUGGCUUAUUUAUCCCAAGGAGAGAAAAGUGAUGUCAUCAAUUUUAUUAGCUGUUAGUCAGUCUGGUUUAUUGGGGAAUAAUAGAAUAUAUUGUGGGCAUUAAAACCAGCUGAAAGAACACAUCCCUGAUGUAAUGAAUAACAGAACCUCUGGUGAUACUUUUGGAUCCUGAACACUUGCUCGUAAUCUCUGCUGGGUUGUGGUUUUGCUAUAACAGGACUUUGAAAAUAUUAAGUUUGAAAACCGUUUUCUGCUUUCCUGAAACACACAAAGGGCAAAUGGUUGGGGCUUGUCUGCAGUUUUUGUUUUCUAAUACACUGUGCCUGACCUUAAAUAUUUUAGUUCCAGAAGGCGGAAGCUGAUCUGGAUUGGAUUCAACACAGACUGGAGUAUGAAAUAAUGAAAAGCUUUCCUGAUGAUACACCACCAGAGGAAAAUCCACUUGCUAUCCUGGAAGGACUCUCAGUGGCCAAAGCUCGUUACAAAGCACUUUGUACACGGAUGGACAGAAUUUCCAGGGUGCAGAAAGAAGCCAUGAAGGGCAUCCAAGGUUCUGUGGAGAACACAAUGAAGAUAGUUCAGGAAUUACAGCAAAAAGCUGGUCUUGAGAGCUUACCCCUGUCAGCAGAAGAACAGGCUGCAGCACAGCAGUUGGGCAUCCAAACUGGGACAAAAAUGGAAUCAUCAGUGGGAAAGCCACGUUGUGCAGGAUCUACGGUCCCUGGCUCAGCUGAAGGACAGCACUGAGUAUUUCACAGGUGGAUGAGUACCAAACCCUCUCACUCAAGAAUACAAGUCCUGGAAGAACUUGGUAUUGUGAAAAGCAACAAAAAAGGGGGAUAUUGAAUUAGUUGUGUAAGUGAAAGCUCAGCCUGUUCUCGUCUGAGACACAAAAGCACCUUGGUCACAGCUCCUGGAUUAUGAAGGAACAAGUACUUCCCUGGGAUCUAAGAGCUGCUGAAAGUCCACUGUUGGAAAGUUGUAAUGCUUCUGUGCACAAAUUCUGUUUCUAGUACUUAAAACUGGAGAGUUAAAAACCACCGAGGUUGGCAUUUUGCCUUGGAUAUUUAUAGGCCUAUGGCUGAUGCAUUUUUGAAGAGUGUUACGAGCCACGUGACAUUUUCUUGCUCUCGUUCUUCAGCGGGUUUUUAACAAGUAACCCAAGCCUCUUAAGUGUACUUACAUUCCUGAAUAAAUGAUGAAAGCUAA